AUGACGGAGAGUGACCUCCUCAACAUUCUGGACAAUUUGAGAGACAGUGAUUUUAAGGAGUUCAAGUGGCACCUGAAGCGAAAAAAGGUGGGCAACAUCCCACCCAUCAAAGAGACCAAGGUAUUGAAGGCAGAGAGGCAGGACGUGGUGGAUCUCAUUGUGCAGAAAUAUGAAUUUGCUGGCGCUGUGGAAGUGAUCGAGAGCAUUUUAAAGAAGAUCAGCAGGAAUGAUCUGGUGAGGGAGUUGCCAAACAUCGGCUCGGGGGCAGAAGCAGAUGGUAAUCUGCAGAAGGUUUUCGAUUACCAUAAGAUCAGUCUGAGGAGGAGAUGUCAACAUGUGACUGAAGGAACUGACGAAGCAGAAAGGAAACACCUCAACAUUGUCUACACUGAGCUCUACAUCACAGAGGGAAAGAGUAAAGAGGUUAAUACCCAGCAUGAGGUGAUGCAGCUUGAGGCAGCUUCCAAGAUGGAGACCCUCCGUGACACUCCAAUCAAGUGCCAAGACAUCUUUAAAGUCUUACCUGACCAACAGAAAUGCAUCAUCAAAGUUGUUUUGACGAACGGUGUUGCUGGAAUUGGAAAAACCUUCUCAGUGCAGAAGUUCACUCUGGACUGGGCAGAAGGCUUGGAAAACCAAGAUGUCAAUCUGGUGAUUCUGUUUUCGUUCAGGGAGCUGAACUUGAUCAAGGAUGAGCAGUACAGUCUCCUCAUGCUGAUUAAUUAUUUCCAUCCAGAAUUACAGAAGGUCACAGCAGAGAAGCUCACUGAUUGUAAAGUUUUGUUCAUCUUUGAUGGCCUGGAUGAAAGCAGACUUUCACUGAAUUUCAAGAACAAGAAGGUCGUGUCUGAUGUCACACAAAAGUCAACAGUCAACAUCCUGUUGACAAACCUCAUUGAGGGGAAGCUGCUUCCCUCGGCUCUUGUCUGGAUAACUUCCCGACCCACAGCAGCCAGUCAGCUCCCUCCAACAUGUGUUGACAGGGUAACAGAAGUACGAGGCUUCACUGAUGCCCAGAAGGAGAAGUACUUCAGGAAGAGAUUCAGUGAUGAAGAGCUGCCAAGCAGAAUCAUCAAACACAUCAAGACAUCCAGGAGCCUCUACAUCAUGUGCCACAUCCCAGUCUUCUGCUGGAUCGCUGCUACAGUUCUGGAGUACAUGUUGACUACAGACCAGAGAGGAGAGCUGCCCAAGACCCUGACUGACAUGUACUCACACUUCCUGCUGGUUCAGACAAAGAGAAAGAAGCACAAGUAUGAUGAGGGACAUGAAACGAGUUCACAGGAGCUGACAGAGGCUGACAAGGAAGUUCUUCUGAAGCUGGGGAGGCUGGCAUUUGAACAUCUGGAGAAAGGAAACAUCAUGUUUUACCAAAAAGACCUGGAGGAGUGUGGUCUUGAUGUCACAGAGGCAUCGGUUUUGUCAGGAUUUUGUACAGAGAUCUUCAAAAGAGAGAGUGGGAUCUUCCAGAAAAAAGUCUACUGCUUUGUUCAUCUGAGCGUUCAGGAGUUUCUGGCUGCAGUCUACAUGUACCACUGUUACACCAGCAGGAAGACAGAGGUACUGAAGGACUUCCUGGGAAAAAGACAUGAUGACUCAUCCCUGGAUGACUUUCUGAGGGGAGCCAUGGAGAAAUCUGUGAAAAGUAAAAAUGGCCACCUGGACCUGUUUGUUCGCUUCCUUCAUGGCCUCUCUCUGAAGUCCAACCAGAGUCUCUUAGGAGGCCUGCUGGGUCAAACAGAGUACAGUCCAGAAAUCAUCCAGAGAGCCAUCAACAACCUGAAGGAGAUGAACACUGAGAAUUUCUCUCCUGACAGAAGCAUCAACAUCUUCCACUGUCUGAUGGAGAUGAAUGACCACUCAAUACAUCAGGAGAUCCAAGAGUUCCUGAAGUCAGAGAACAGAUCAGAGAAGAAACUCUCUGUGAUCCACUGUUCAGCUCUGGCCUACAUGCUGCAGAUGUCAGAGAAGGUUCUGGAUGAGUUGGACCUGGAGAAGUACAACACAUCACGGGAGGGACGACAGAGACUGAUUCCAGCUGUGAGGAACUGCAGAAAGGCUCGACUCUCUGGCUGUGGACUCUCAGAGACUCUCUGUGAAGUUGUGGCCUCAGCUCUGAAGUCCUACCCCUCCCAUCUGAGAGAGCUGGAUCUGAGUUGCAACAUGAACCUGCAGGAUUCAGUAGUGAAGCUUCUGUCUGGUGGACUGGAGAGUCCAAACUGUAGACUGGAGAUUCUGAGAUUGACUGGCUGCAGUUUGUCAGAGAUCAGCUGUGCUUCUCUUGUGUCAGCUCUGAUGUCCAACCCCUCCCAUCUGAGAGAGCUGGAGCUGAGUCACAACAAGCUUAAGGAUUCAGGAGUGAGACUGCUGUGUGAUAUUCUGGAGCAUCCACAGUGUAGACUUAAGACCCUGAGAUUGUGGUGCUGCAGUUUGUCAGAGAUCAGCUGUGCUUCUCUGGCCUCAGCUCUGAAGUCCAACCCCUCCCAUCUGAGGGAGCUGGAUUUGAGUCACAACAAGCUGAAGGAUUCAGGAGUGAAGCUGCUGUGUAAUAUUCUGGAGCGUCCACGGUGUAGACUUAAGACCCUGAGAUUGUGGUGCUGCAGUUUGUCAGAGAUCAGUUGUGCUUCUCUGGCCUCAGCUCUGAAGUCCAACCCUUCCCAUCUGAGAGAGCUGGAACUCAGUGAAAACAAGCUUCAGGAUUCAGGAAUGAAGCUGCUGUGUGAUUUCCUGGAGAGUCCACACUGUAGACUGGACACUCUGAGAUUGAGUUGCUGCAGUUUGUCAGAGAUCAGCUGUGCUUCUCUGGCCUCAGCUCUGAAGUCCAACCCCUCCCAUCUGAGAGAGCUGGAGCUGUACUACAACAACCUGCAGGAUCCAGACGUGAAGCUGCUGUCUGAUCUUAAGGAUGGUCCACACUGUAGACUGGAAACUCUGAGAUGGUGAUGAUCUCUGUCAGAGUGUGAGUGAACGUCCAGGAGUGUGUGUUGAGAGGGGAUCAGCUGUAUCCUGAUGAUCCA